AUGGACGGUCCCCGGAGGAGCAGGAACUGCAGCAGCACAACGUCAGCUGCAGGAGGAGGGGCAGAUGAAGCAGUAGCAGCGGCAGCAGAUGCAGCGAUAGCAACAGCAACAGCAGCAACAGCAGCAAGAGCAACAGCAGCAGCAGCAGCACCAGCAGCAAGCAGCAGCUCUGAUGAUGACGAGCCAGAGUUGGUGGGUGUUAGUCUAACUGUGGGGUCUGUGCUGCGGCCCAAUACACCACAACCCCUUAAAGCCCUUGCUGCUGCUGCUGCUGCUGCUGCUGCUGCUGCUCAGAAACAGCAGCAGCAGCAGCAGCAGCAGCAAACGCAGCAGCAAACGCAACAGAGAAAUGCAGAAGCAUUUACUUCUCCAACAGUCGAGCAAAAAGGAGAGAGUAAAGCAGAUAUUGCAGCAGCAACAGCAACUGCCGCAGCAGCAACGACAGCAGCAACAUCAGCACCAGUCGCAGAAGCAACAGCAGCAACACCAACAAAAACAGCAGCAGCAGCAGCAGCAACAGCAGCAGCACUCGCGGAUGCCUGGUGUUAUUAUCAUUCUCCAAAAAGAAGGAAGGGGGAGCAGCAUCAACAGCAACAGCAGCAGCUAGCGCAGCAACAGCAGCAACUGCAGCAACUGCAGCAGCAGCAACAGCAGCGGAAGGUGCGCGAGUGUUCAGAAGGCCCGGCUAGGCAGGCAGCAAGCCUUAACCCUGUUAAGGAUAUUGCUGCUGCUGCUGCUACUGUUGCAGCUUCUGCUGCUGCUGCUGCUGCUACUGUUGCUGCUUCUGCUGCUGCUGCUGCUGCCUCAGAUGCGAAACCUGCAGCAGCAGAACUACCGGGGCCAGCAGCAGCAGCAGCAGCAGCAGCAGCAGCAGCAGCAACUACUGCUGUUAGACGUACGGUAGCUGCAGCAGCUGCACAGGGCGAGUCAUCAGCAGCAGCAGCAGCACCGCGAACCACGUCCGUAACCACGGCAGCAACAGCAGCAACGGCAGCAACAGCAGCAACGGCAGCAACAGCAGCAACAGAAGCAACAGCAGCAACAGAAGCAACAAGCAGCAGCAGUAAUGAUUUAGCAGAGUUAAUAGUUAGGGAAUUAAAAGAAGUUGCUGCGGUGUAUAGGCAGCAAGGAGACACCUGGCGUGCUGCUGGCUUCCGUCGUGCUGCUGCUGCAGUUGCUGCUGCAUGCAGCAGCAGCAACAACAACAACAGCAACAGCAGCACGUCUACCACACGUACUGCAACGGCGUCAAAGACACGUACAUCUACAGCAUCACCAGCAGCAGCACCUGCUGCUGCUGCUGCUGCUGCUGCUGCUGCUGCUGCUGCUGCUGAACUUAGACAAGGACUAACAAUAGAGAGACUGCCGCUGCUGAAGUUCUUACCAGGGAUUGGUGCUGCAGUUAUGGAGACAAUAAAGGAGAUUGCUGCUAAGGGCAGCAGCAGCAGGACGCUGCUGCUGCAGGAGGAUGCAGCAGCAGCAGCAGCGCAGCAGGAGCUGCAGCUUAUAUUCGGUGUCGGGCCUAAAAUAGCUAAAGUGCUGCAUGCAAAGGGACACACAUUACAGUCCCUCAGGAAGCAGCAGCAGCAACUGCAGCAACUGCAGCAUCGCCUGCAGCAGCUGCAGCAGCUCAAAGCAGCAGCAGCAGCGAGCAGCAACAACAGCACCAGCAGCAGCGCAGCCCAGCCUACAAAACCAGCCAGUCUAGUACCAAGGACAACAGCAGCAGAGACAGCAGCAGCACUAUCAAGAGAAGCAGCAUCUGUUGCUGCUGCUGCAGCAGCAGCAGCAGCAGCAUUCCCUCUACGAGGAGAGCAAGCUGUCUCCUUACGUUUUGCUGGUGGCUUUGCCCUAAAGAUUCCUCGUGACGAAGUUGCUGCUGUUGCUGCAUUCUUAAACAGACUCCUGCUGCACACUCCCUGCAGCAGCAGCAGCAGCAGCAACAGCAGCAGCAGCAGCAAUAGGGGCAACAACGGGACAAGUAGCAAUGAGGGGGUCGACGCAACCUCCUCUUGCCUUUGCUGCAGUUGCUGCGGUGCCCCGUGCAGCAGCUACUUGGACGCCAGCAACAACAGCAACAGCAGCAGCAACAGCAACAACAGCAGCAGCAGCAGCAGCAAGCCUAUAUUCUUACGUGAUCUACUAGAGGGCCUCAUCUUAGAGGAUCUUCAAUACAAAGCUCCAAGGAAGGGAAGCUCGGAUGCAGCAGCAGGAGCAGCAGCUGCUGCUGCUGCUGCUGUUGCUGCUGCUGAUGAUGAUGAAGACGACUCAGGAGGUUCUGAGGAGAGCGAUGAGGACUCAUUCUCUCCCCCCAUGUCCCCGCGAGCAGCAGCAGCAACAGCAGCAGCACCAACAGCACCAACAGCAGCAGGAGCAGCAGCAGCAGCAGCAGAAGCAGCAGCAGCACCUGGUCAUCCCCCUAUAAUACCAUUAAGUAGGAAGCUAAAGGGCCGCACCUCUGCAUACUUUGGCAUAUGUGUUUGGCCUCCUUGGCGCAGCAGCAGCAGCAGGAGCAGCAGCAGCAGCAGCAGCAGCGGCAGGAGAUGCAAUAAUGUUACUGCUUACCGUUGUGCAGCAGCAGUAUCAGGAGCAUCAUCAUCUUCUUAUAGGGGUUCUUAUGAUAGUAGAGGGGGAACACUUGCAGCAGCAGCAGCAGCAGCAGCAGGAACGGCAGCCUACUCCUGCAGGAGCAAGAAGAACAACAGCUGCCUGCUGCUGCAGCAUUUGCUGCAGCAGCAGCAGCAGCAACAGCAACAGCAGCAGCAGCAACAGCAGCAACAAAUAAAGUGGGGGCAGCAGCAGAAGUCACAAAGACCGCAGCAGCAGCUGCUGAGACAAGGGCAGCAGCAACACAUGCAGCAACAGCAGCAUGAGCUGCAGCAACAGCAGCAGGAACAACACCAGCAACACCUGCAUGAACAGCAGCAGCAGCAACAACAACAGCAGCAGCAGCAGCAGCAGCAACAAAUGUGUUUCCCCUUGAGGCCUUGCUCCUCUUGGCCUGCUGCUCCUUCAUGA